AUGGAAAGAAUCGAAAUAUUUUUUGAUACGGCUCAGCGAUUAGCACAAAGUUUCAAAGCAUCGUAUAUGAUUAAGCCAUUUAAAACGCUUUUUUCGGAUGAACAUUUUAUUAUUGCAAUUAAUGAGCCAAAAGAAUUAAUUGCUAUCUAUAAUACAAAAAAAGCUACGUUAAAUGUAUCUUCUUUUCAUGAUGGUCAAGCAAAUUUACUUACACGAAAUUCAAAUAUACAGUUAUUACAAUGGUAUAAUAAUAUGGUUCCAAUUCUUCAUCAUUUCUUUUUUAUUAAAGAUACCGAGGAACUUUGCUUUGUUGAGAAAGGUGGCCGAACACGUAUUUUUAAUCUUAUAAACUUACAAUUUCGACCAGCAGUUUGUAAUCUUCCAACCAAUACCGCAAAUGUUUUAAGCUCACCUGAUGGCUCAUGUAUAGUAGCAUUCGUUAAAGAAAAUUUAGUAGAGGUUAACCCCAUUGAUAAAACCACAAGAAGUGAAGAUGACAACGAAAAUGAACAUAUUACUGAUUAUAUGGAAAAAAAUAAUAAUAUUUCGGUUAUUUCAGCUGAUAACCCCGCGGGAAGCGAAGAUGGCAACGAAAAUGAACAUAUUACUGAUGAUAUGGACAAAAGUGAUAAUGAUCCGGUUAUUUCAGCUGAUAACAAAGAAGAGCAAAAUAAUUGUAUUAAAAACGAAAGCAAAGAAAUAUACCGUGCUUAUGUUUAUUUUUGUUCGAAUUUUGGGGGUCCUGUUAAAGUUAAAAUCACCCUUGAAAAAACUCAAUAUCGUUUCCAAGAACGAAUGCAAAAAAAGUCACUUGGGCUUGUAAAAUUAAUGAAUUCUUCUCACAGAAAUGUUAAUUAUACCAUUAUUGAAGGAAAAAAUACACAGUUUGAAAAAAUUGUUCAAAAUGGAGAAUUUAUUGUAGUAAUGGGAGAGAAAUUUAGUGUGACUGAAGUUGUUUCUAACACAAAAUUAAAAAUUUAUAAUAUCAAACCUAUAGAUGGAUUUGAUAAUUGGAUGGAAUUUCGUAUUGAACCGAAGACAAAAUUAAAUGGACUUAUUGACGCCUAUAAAUUAAUGUUUGAGAAGUAUCCAGUUGAAAGCUGUAUCGAUCCUGAACAAAAUCGUCCUCUUAGUUUAAAAAUCGUUCUUGAUAUUGAAGUUGUCGAUGAAGAAAUCGAAAAAUAUGGCGAGAAAUUUAAGGAUUACAUUUCUGAAACCUUUGAAGAUUUAAAACGAUCUACAAAAAAGCCCACAACAAUGCUAAAAAAAUUCUCUACAUCAAUUAUUCCUUUUCAAGAACUUAAUAUUGAAAGUAUUCAAAAGUAUUCAUCGGAAUAUGAAUUGGGAGAAUGGAUCAUUCAACUUUGUUGUUUAAUUCCUAUACAAAUCGCUGUAGCAAAAGAUAAUGUAUUUCAACCUCUCAAGGAUGGAUUAUCUUCAAAUGAUUUUGAAAUUGAUGAUGGCUAUAGUCAUCAUGUCGAAAGCAUAGCAAAAAACAUUUCUUUUGGAUGGUAUGAAGGAAUUUUCAGGCAUUUUGGCGAUAAAAAAGUGAAAGUUGUUUCUAGUAUGGGUGAACAGUCUUGCGGAAAAUCAUUCAUGUUGAAUCAUCUUGUUGGAACUACCUUUGACGGCUCCGCAAUGCGUUGCACCGAGGGCGUAUGGAUGUCGCUUGUAAAUACCAAGAAAUUUAUUUAUGUCGCACUCGAUUUUGAAGGUUUAAAUUCUCUUGAAAGAAGUUCUCAAGAGGAUUUGUUUUUAACACUUUUUAAUACAGUCGUAUCAAGUCUCAUACUCUUUAAGGCAAAACUUUGUAUUAUCAUAAAAGACGUGUCUAAGGCUGACAAAGAAGAUAUUGUUAGAGAAUUUAAGUCAAAAUUUUCUCAAUUAGUUUCAGAGGAAGGAGAAGAUAACUUUAUUUCGAGAAUGUACAAGGGAGGAUUAGAUAUUAUUCCCUGGCCAAUGUUUAACGAUGCUGCAUGGUUUAAGACAUUAUCAAUUGUUAAUAAGAAGUUAGACAAGCAGGAAGCAAAAUAUGAGAAUGCACGAACUUUUCUACAAAUACAAAAAUUACUCCCAACUGUGAUUUCCUAUGGUUUGGAACAAAAAGAUUCUUCCGCUAAUGAACCACUUAUGAAUCGUGAUACAGGUAAACCAAUUGCUGACUCGGUAGUCAGCUUAUCUGAGAUUUUACAUGAUUUCGAAUCUUCUAAGACAAUAUUACCGGAUUCUGAUCUCCAAUUAUACGAUGAAAACGAAUCCUUUGUCCGACUUUCUGAAUAUUUAAGAAAUUACUUUGAAGAUCAUGUACAAUCACGAAUUGACGAUCUCACAUGGUUCGCCUUCAAUAGGUUCUUUAAAUAUAUUAUUGAACGCCGUGUUUCACGCGUUCAAGAUUGGUAUAUGCAAAAUACUUCCAAGUUUCCACAAGACAAUAGUGAUAUUGUUAAUGGAAAUUAUUCAAUGGAACAAGAAAUCGGCAAACUUACGCUUUUAUGGACAUUAUGUGGAUUGACAUGUCAUCAGUGUUGUUUAAAGUGCGUCAAGAAUCGUGAUCACGAAGAAAAUCAUGAUUGUUUAACGGACCAUAAAUGUCAUUUGAAAUGCCAUUUCUCUGAAGCUCACAACAACAAAUCAAUUCCAACGUGUAGCCAUAAAGCCGGACAUGAAGGAAAACACGCUUGUGAUGAAAUAAAUCAUUUGUGUGGUAAGCCUUGUAACCUUAUCGGUAAACGUAAUUGCCAGAAAGUUUGUUCAAAGGAAAUUGGACAUGAAGAACAGCAACAUUUAUGUCAAUCAACUCGACAUUAUUGUGGAGAAGCUUGUUCGCUAUCAACCAAAACUCAGAAAGGAGACUAUGAUUGUCCUAAUAAAUGUAUUAUACCAUAUGAAGAAGAACAUGAUUCACAUCGCUGUGAAAAUGAAACUUGUCCAAUUCAUAGAUCAUUUUUGAAUGAACAUAAAUGUCGUGAAUUAUGUGAAGAGGAUGGCAUAUGUAAAGUAAUUAUUGAACCUAAGAAGCAAGAAGAAGUUUAUAAAGGAUUAAUUACAAAUAUUACAUUUACGAAGUAUAUUCAAUUAAAUGAAAGAUUAGUAUGUAUUAAAAAAAUUCCUCCAAACGAAUUUAAACAUACUGGAAUGCAUACACAUUGUACAUUACCUUAUGGACAUGCACAAAUUCAUACUACAACACACGGAAACAUGACCCAAACUGAAUUUACCGGAGAAGAUAAUGAAUUUGAAUAUGCAGGAGUUGGUGACCAAGGAACAUUUGUUCUUUGUAACCUGCACUGUAAAGAUUUAGGAAGACAUCGUCAUAUAGAUUAUUGUCAGAAUGAAGAAAAUUUAUAUCCUAAUCCUGAUAAACCAAAAGAUUUCAUUUCUCAUAAAUUGUUUUGGGAGAGAACGGGAUUCAAAGAACAACAAGAAUUUGCAAAAUGCGAUCAUGAAUGUCCUGACGAAAAGCAUCAUAAAUCUCGAGGAUCUACAAGCGCUUCUCCAACUAAAUCAUUUUGUGAAUUAUCCCUUUUCCACGCUCCGCUUAAUCCAAGUUCAGAUCCUCCAAAUAACUAUGGCUACAUAUCUUUAGAUGGGCAUCAUUUUUAUUGUGAAAAUCCAAGUACACGUGAAGCCGCUUUUCAUAUUAUAUUCGUUUUGGAUCGUUCAUCAUCUAUGAGCGAAAGAGAUAAAAAACCAAUUCCAAACUUUCCAAUUUAUAAUGAAUUAAUCAAAAAACACAACAAUAGAACAGGCGCAGUAUAUCAUGCAGUAUAUCAAUUUAUGGAUGCACGUAUCAAAUCUGCUCCAGUAAAUCAAAAUCAAGCUAUGCGUGAUAAAGUAUCAUUGAUCUUAUUUGAUCACGAGAAUCGAGAUUUAACUGAUCCGAAAAAGUUGCUAAAUGAAAUGAUUAAACACGAAGCUCGAGGCGGAACGAAUUUCGAUCUUGCAAUUCAAAAAGCAGGAUUUUUGAUUGCUACACACUUUGAUGCUACAAGAGCAAAUAUCAUUAUCUUCUUAUCUGACGGCGAAUGUGGUAUUCCAACGAAUCAACUUCAUACUAUUUGCAAACAAAAUCUAACAAGAGGAUCUCCAUUAUAUCUCUAUACAGUAUUAUUUGGCAGUCGUUCACAAAGUCACUCUUUAGAAGAAAUGGCAAAAAUUGCGCGAUCCUAUCAUCCACAAAGUUCAUCAUCAAGCGCUUUGCGUUGUCAAUUUACUUGUGCAAUGACUGAAGUAAAAUUAGUUAACCAUUUUACAGGAGUGGCAGAAAGUUUGAGAAAACAUAAACCAGCAUUGUUAAAGAAGAAUCACGGUUCUUAA